CUAUUCCUAGUCUGCCGAUGAUACCAGGACGCUGAAAAUUGGUGCAAUUCAUCUGUGUGAACGCGCGAGAGGGUGCUGCUCGCUCGCAUGCGCUCAGGUCUGCACACGCGUUGAGCUUCCAGCCUCGGGUUAAAGCUCUCAAUUCUGGUCGGAAAUGUCUGCCGGACAGUCUGGGGGAGAUGUCCUCAAACCCAAGUAUGGACCGAAAGUUUACCAGCUCAGGGAGCUGGUUGCUCAACCGGUGGUGGCAGCUUUCUGUGCUGGAGGUGUAGCAGGAGCUGUAUCGAGGACAGUUGUGUCGCCACUUGAACGCCUUAAGAUUCUCUUCCAGAUACAAAGUGCUGGCCGGGAGGAGUAUAAGAUGUCUGUGGGGAAGGGCCUCAUGAAGAUGUGGAAGGAUGAGGGAUGGAGAGGCUUCAUGAGAGGGAAUGGCACAAAUUGUGUUCGGAUUGUCCCUUAUUCUGCCGUUCAAUUUGGUAGCUAUAAUCUCUACAAGAAGUUUUUCGAAACUUCCCCAGGCCAAGACCUCGGUUCUCUUCGACGACUAAUUUGUGGAGGAGCUGCGGGAAUCACCUCUGUCUUUUUCACAUACCCUCUAGAUAUUGUCCGGACACGUCUCUCCAUACAAUCUGCCUCUUUCGCGGCCCUAAGCCAACAACAAAGAUCGGAACUUCCUGGCAUGUGGAAAACUAUGGUCAUCAUGUACACCACAGAAGGCGGGGUAUUUGCUUUGUAUAGAGGCAUCAUUCCGACAGUGGCUGGUGUUGCACCAUACGUCGGUCUGAAUUUCAUGACAUACGAGAUUGUACGGAAAUAUCUUACACCGGAAGGCGACAAGAAUCCAAGCGCAGUCCGGAAACUUGCUGCAGGUGCCAUCUCAGGAGCUGUAGCUCAAACAUGCACAUAUCCUUUUGAUGUACUUCGCCGUCGCUUCCAAAUCAACACCAUGUCCGGCAUGGGCUACCAGUACAAAGGGAUUUUUGACGCCAUCAGAGUGAUCGUUUCCCAAGAAGGGAUCAGGGGCAUGUACAAAGGCAUCGUACCAAAUCUUCUGAAAGUUGCACCAAGCAUGGCUAGCAGCUGGUUGAGUUUUGAGAUGACCAGAGACUUCUUGCUCACACUUAGACCGGAACCCGAAAAUCUCUGAUUCCAC